CCCACUCGCCCUCCCUCCCGGUUUAUAAGCCUCUGCUCCUCCUCUUCUCGUAAUCUCAUCUCACUUCUCGCCGCGGACGCAAUCCAAAUCCCAGUUCGUGCCUCCCCGUCGCGCCGCCCGAUUCUCGCCGGCGCCUGCCGUCCAGCCCAGAUCCCAAGUCCCCGCCGCGCAAUCGCCAUUGCCCCACACGUCAUUGAGCGAGCUUUUUUUUUUCUUUUCCCGAGGGGAAUGCUGGCCUGUAGGUGGUGGUAGUAGGUGGGUAGGUGCGGCUGUGUUGGAAUUUGGAAAAGGAGUCGGCGGCGGCGGUGAUGGCCGGCGCCGAGAGGGAGAAGGCUAGGCUGCCGCCGGCGCUGCCCCUGGCCACGCUGAUCGGGCGCGAGCUCCGCGCCGGGGGCUCCGAGCGCCCCGCGCUGCGCUACGGCCACGCCGGCUUCGCCAAGCGCGGCGAGGACUACUUCCUCGUCAAGCCCGACUGCCUCCGCGUCCCCGGCGACCCCUCCACCGCCUUCUCAGUCUUCGCCGUGUUCGACGGCCACAAUGGGGUGUCCGCGGCGGUGUUCAGCAAGGAGCAUCUGCUGGAGCACGUGAUGAGCGCGCUGCCGCCGGACAUCGGCGGCCGCGAGGAAUGGCUGCAGGCGCUGCCACGCGCGCUCGUCGCCGGAUUUGUCAAGGCCGACAUCGAGUUCCAGCGCAAAGGGGAGGUGUCCGGGACGACGGCGACGCUGGUGGUCGUAGAUGGGUUCACGGUGACUGUGGCGUCUGUCGGGGACUCUCGGUGCAUUCUCGACACGCAGGGCGGCGAGCUGCAGCUGCUCACCGUGGACCACCGGCUGGAGGAGAAUGUCGAGGAGAGGGAGCGUGUCACCGCGAGCGGUGGGGAGGUCGGCCGGUUGAAUCUCUUCGGCGGGCAGGAGGUCGGGCCUCUUCGUUGCUGGCCUGGUGGCUUGUGCCUCUCAAGAUCCAUUGGAGACAUGGAUGUCGGGGAGUACAUUGUGCCGGUUCCACAUGUGAAGCAAGUGAAGCUCUCAAAUGUUGGAGGAAGGCUUAUAAUAGCAUCAGAUGGCAUAUGGGACACACUAUCCAAUGAAGCAGCAGCAAAAUCGUGCCGGGGAUUGCCCGCAGAACUGGCUGCAAAGCUUGUGGUUAAGCAAGCUCUGAAAAAAUGUGGGCUGAAAGAUGACACUACUUGUGUGGUAGUUGACAUCAUCCCAUCCGAUCGUUUGGUAUCGCCACAGUUAUCCCCAAAGAGGAACCAGAACAAGCUCAAGUCCCUUCUUUUUGGUAGAAGGUCACACAGUUCAGUUGGAAAGUUUGGAGGCAAGUCUGCCUCUUUUGGCUCCGUGGAGGAGUUAUUUGAAGAAGGCUCUGCAAUGUUGGAAGAAAGGUUGGGUCGGAAUCUAUCCUUGAAAGCAGCUUCGCCACCUUCUCGCUGCGCAAUCUGCCAAGCGGACCAAGAACCAUUCGAAGGUUUGAUGGCAGAGAAUGGAGGUAGCCACUGCUCUUCCCCGUACACGCCUUGGGGAGGCCCUUAUCUCUGUCUGGAGUGUCGAAAAAAGAAGGACGCGAUGGAAGGCAAAAGAUCUAGCUGCUCUACAGCUUGUAGGUGAAAAAUGAAAAAAAAAAUCAUGAUAAGUUGUUGGUGAUCCCGUUAUUACUGUUUGUUGAACCUAACUACAUUCCCUGCCUGGUAUAAAUUAUACUAUCUGGCUGCUAACCAGCUUGUUGCCUACGUGCAAUCCUAAUUGAAGUUUUUUGUAUUAGCAAACUAUGAUCAAUGUGAAUUGUACCACACCAUUAUUGCGUAGGGAGAAAUGACCUGCCUAUUUUAUCGUGUGUAUUGUUUUGAGAAAGCCGAGUAUAUGAGGGUUAGUCCA